UGCAUACUCUUCCCGCACAUCCUAGAUGAAGCCACUUCGGCGCUCGACAGCGACAGCGAGGCGGUGGUACAGGCCGCACUAGACAAUGUCAUGAAGGAGCGCGGGUGCACUAUUGUAGUGAUCGCCCACCGAUUGUCUACUGUGCAGAAUGCGGAUCGUAUCGUUGUGAUCGAUAAGGGACAUUUUGUGGAGACAGGAACACAUGCCAGCCUUUUGGAGGCCAAUGGGAUGUAUGCAAAGCUCGUAGCAAGGCAGCUAACGGCCGUAUGAGUGCUGCAGAUUGGAAACGGCAGAAUCCGGCCAAAGUUAGAUUUGAGUGUAUAUAUUCUGUAUUAAAAAUACUCCACAUUUUCUUACCAAGUGGUGGAUUCGUAUUCCAUAAACGAACUGAAC